AUGCGAUUAUCUCGCCGCAGAAGCGAGAGCGCACCUGUGAAAGUAAAGGCACAUAAACGGAAGCAGUGGCUGGGGGCAACUUUGCAGAAGCGGAAUAAUUGCCGCACUUGCGGAACCGCAGAAGUGGUCAAAAAUGUUAAGGCAGCAGACAUUCUUGACGAUGUUUGUCCCAAGACUAUAAAUCCUCAACUAUGUUUCCAUGUUCUUAAGAAUGACCCUUAUGUUUACAAGGGAGACAUUCACAGCCUUGUAUCCAUUUCUCUUUCUGUAGCACAAGACAAUACCACCUCCACCUACAAUUUAGUUAAGUCCCUUCUUCAGCAACCCAUCAAAGAUCCGAAUCUGAAAGCCCAACUCACCAAUUGCUUGAACAAUUACAAGGAUGCAGGUGAUAAACUAGAAAGUUGCAGUAAUUUGUUUAGAACAGAUGAUUAUAGAGAGAUAAGUUUGUUGGCUUCUGCUGCAUUCAAUGAUUCUCGAGCUUGUGACCAAGGUUUUGGGGAACCACCAGCCCAGCUCAAACAACUCAGCCAGACGGUCCAAGAAUUUUCCGAUCUUGUUUCUGUUAUUGCAUAUGAUCUUAAAUAA